AUGCACCAUGUCAUGCAUCUGAUCGAGUGGCCCAUCUCGCUCUACGGCAAUCUCAAGCGCGACAUUCUUUACAUCGAUCCCGAGAUGGACGACCUCUCGAUCUUCGAACGAGAGCUUGACGAAUGGUUGACGCCAGCCGCAAUGGGAAAGAAUGGAAUUAAUCACAUGGCCAUAGAGAAAGAAUACUGCAGAGAACUAGAUCCAGCGAACGGAUCGGGGCUGUUUGACAGUGAGCAGGAUCAGAGGCUAAAACUCGCCGGGCUGGAGGGGUUGAAGAAGAUGACUUUGGUGCUCAACUGGUAUGAUAUUGUGGAUAUAGAUGACGUUCCACCACCUCUGGAUGAAAGGAACUUACUAGAGUAUCCGGAUAAGGUUGUAGGACUGGGACACGCAAAGAUCUUCUGUGAUAUCUCCCAGAACACGCCCGGACGCGUGGUCCCAGAUAUGGGCAUAGGCAGGAUUGUCUAUGACUAG